UGAUUAAUCAGAUGAGGAAGCCUAAUCCAAUUAGGACAGUAGUAUGCUUGUUAGCACUCCUAAGCUCACAGCUAGGUCAGGGUAUUUUUGUGAGUAAGCCCCAGGAAGAGAGAGUGUAAAAGAGGUCAUACAUCAUGCCCAUUGUCAAGAUUCACGCCCGAGAGAUCUUUGAUUCUCGUGGAAACCCCACUGUGGAGGUCGACCUCUACACUGACAAAGGCUUGUUCAGGGCAGCUGUACCCAGUGGGGCAUCAACUGGUAUCUAUGAAGCCUUGGAGCUCAGGGAUAAUGACAAGUCCCGCUAUCUUGGAAAAGGAGUUUCACAGGCUGUGGAAAACAUCAAUUCAAUUAUUGCACCAGCACUUGUUGGCCAAGAUAUCUCUGUGGUUGAGCAAGAGAGUAUUGAUCAGAUGAUGCUCGACCUGGACGGCACAGAAAACAAAUCCAAACUCGGAGCGAAUGCCAUUCUUGGAGUGUCGCUGGCUGUUUGCAAAGCUGGUGCUGCUGAGAAAGAAGUCCCUCUGUAUCGUCACAUUGCUGACCUGGCAGGAAACCCCGAGGUCAUUUUACCUGUGCCGGCCUUCAAUGUGAUCAAUGGCGGCUCUCAUGCAGGAAACAAACUCGCCAUGCAGGAGUUCAUGAUUCUGCCCGUUGGUGCUAGCACCUUCAAGGAGGCCAUGCGUAUCGGGGCAGAGGUCUAUCACAAUCUGAAAGGCGUCAUCAAGAAGAAAUACGGUCAGGAUGCCACCAAUGUGGGUGAUGAAGGUGGCUUUGCUCCAAACAUCCUGGAGAACCAGGAAGCCCUGGAGCUCCUGAAGGAGGCCAUUUCCAAAGCAGGAUACACUGACGAGGUGGUGAUCGGCAUGGACGUGGCAGCCUCUGAGUUCUACAGGGAGGGAAAAUAUGACCUGGACUUCAAGUCUCCUGACGACCCAAGCCGUUAUAUUACCCCCGAUGAGCUGGCUGAUCUCUACAAGAGCUUUGUCAAGGAUUAUCCAGUGGUAUCCAUCGAAGAUCCCUUCGAUCAGGACGACUGGGCAGCUUGGACCAACUUCACCGAAACCACAGAGAUCCAGGUUGUUGGAGACGAUCUCACAGUGACGAACCCCAAUCGUAUCUGCAAGGCUGUGGAGGAGAAGGCCUGCAACUGCCUGCUGCUUAAAGUCAAUCAGAUUGGCACCGUUACCGAGUCCAUGAAGGCGUGUAAAAUGGCCCAGGAGAGCGGCUGGGGUGUGAUGGUCAGCCAUCGUUCUGGUGAAACUGAGGACACCUUCAUAGCAGAUUUGGUGGUCGGCUUAUGCACUGGACAGAUCAAGACUGGAGCCCCCUGUCGCUCUGAGCGUUUGGCCAAAUACAACCAGAUUCUUAGAAUUGAGGAGGAGUUGGGAGACAAAGCUCUCUUCGCUGGAAAGAACUUCAGAAAACCAUUAAUAUAAUAAAUGGGUGAAAACAUUUGCUUCACAGACAAACUGAUUCAUUCACACCAACACAUCAUAACCCAUGGGAUAGUAACAGAAACACAUACAGAGCAGUAAUCAUUAAUCUAGACCUACUCUUGUACUGAAUAUUUCAAUGAGUCAAGUCUUCUGUGUUUUAAUGCGGAGUAAAUAAUAGGCCUGAAUGUAACUUUAGUAAUAUUUGUGUAAAGCACUGAAACUGUAAACACAAAAGCUGCACUUGGAGACAAAAUUAAUAAAAUACAACUCAUGAACUGUUA